CGCCAAACAUUUGAAAGCUUGCCGCCAUAAACUCAACAAACAAAAGAACAGAUUUCUUCUAUUUUCUCGAACAUUUUAUGUCAAAUUUCUCACUAGAUGUUCUCUGUUGAGUAACUUGGCUCAACUGUGAAAGAUCCAUUGAAAUACGUCGACGAAUUUCCAACAAAAAAUCACCCAGAAAUGAAGCCAGUGAACAGGCCGCAUCGUCGGAGCGUCCAUCGACAAUGCUAGGUUCGGUGUGGAGUGUAGCUGGGGUGUGACUCGAAAUCCGCGAAAAUCGACGUUCAUUUUGUCGAAAUAUCACCUAACGGCAUACGUGCAAUGAACUAGGCGAACGUGCCCGUCGAACAGGUGGGUAACCCCAAUGAAAACCUGAAUGGGUCGAUCUCAAAAGUGAGCUUUUUCGUUCGCGACCAAUUGCCACCAGUGAUCAACCAAUCAACCCCCCCCCCUACUUGGCGACAGUGUCUGCCUGGCUACCUUUCUGCCAGCAGUCGAGUGUCGUCUAUAUCGUGUGGAGGCCUAGCAAAAAUGGCGGCUUCCUGAGCGACGCUUCGCUCAACCGACGUAAGCCCUUGCAGCGGAGUCGUGUGUUGUUUGUGCCGUCCUUUAUGUAGCUUCUACGCCCAGUGCGUUUAGUUAGUCGUGCUGCGUUCUGUUCAGACUGGUAGAAGCAGUAACGCCGGCAGCCGCAGACAGCGGUACAUUUUAUGCAUUUCGUCCCGACGGUUCGGCGGCGACGGCUGGCUAUAGCGAGCGCCAAUUACUUUCUGUACGUAUGUAGGUAUGAACGUGUCGCGUGCUGCACGUCGCCUAAGAACGUCGUCGAUCAAUAAGGGUCAAGAGGCGCGUGUGUGACCAGGUAGAUUUGUGCUCGAGUGCUACGAUUGUGUUGCUCGUGAUGAAAACCUGGCAAAUUUGGUGGUCUCAACCACGAAGAGCUGCUGGUUGAACGAUUGAUGGGCUGUUCCUGCUGCGGUUGUCGAUCGGCAAAGGGACAGAAGCGAUAUAAAAGGGAGUUUUUUUUCUGGUUGUAGUGCUGCUUACGGCUGCAGCGGCGCCCGUAGUGAUGACGCCAGGCCAGCAACAACUCGACAAGACCGCGAUCUCUAUCAGACUCAAAAUGCUGUGUGCGGCUCGUGAUACACUAAUUGAUGUAAUAGUUACGUUCGGAAAUUGCAAAUUAGAGUAAUAUGAAGCAAAAGAAAUUCUAAGCGCACGGGAAGCAGAAAACUAGCAACCAUUAGAGGGUGUUUUACCGCUCUUAAGUGAUCAUUCCGUCAUCAUCAUUUGUCUAAACCCGCCAUGCGAUACUAUUUAAGGCAGUUUUUCUACUGGAGACAACCAAACGUAACUUAUUCGCCCCGCUUGAAUUUCGACUCUCUUGAUGAAUACUACCGAACAAAAGCAAGAUCUCCGCUGCUGGUGACGGCAGCCACUAAUUUACCUAUGCGAUCGAGCAGCGAGAGAAAAAUUAGGUGGGACCCUCGCUGUCUGGUACCUGUAUUGUGUCAGCAUCUCCCAGCGUCGAAACAGCACAAUAUAUAAAACUAUCCCUUGCCAUGAGCUGCCAUGCGGCGAAGGCACUUGCAGUAAAAACGGCAAGCGACACUCCAGAGGCGGCUGCCACUGUUUCCAGCCAGAACAAUCAAACAGUUCCGCCGGCGAGCGCCGCAGACGAUCACGACGCGCACACCUCCAGUUCUCCUGGUCAGCCCCAAAGCCAGACACAGACCGCGGCGGAGACGGCGGAACGCGAUGUGGCCACGGCCGGGGAUGCGAAGCCGCAUGCCGACGGGGAGAUCGGCGCGACAAUUAAACGUACAAGCGCACAAGUUAUCUCGAAGGACGAACCUCUAGCGGUGAAAAAGCGCCGUGUCAUCGAACUCAAGACAGCCGAGUUGUUAGGCAAUAAAGACAAAUAUUACGAUAAUCUAGGUGAGAUCUACUUUCUGAAGGAUGGCGGCCAACUCAUGGAUCUGCUCGGGUGGCUGCGGAAACCUACGCCGUCGUACCUCGAGUACUUGCGUACGAGGUUACUCGAUCCAGUCGAAGACGAACCCCAGCGAAUACUUAACGUGAAGGCGAGCAGCGACGGUGGUCGGGGGGUUCGAAUCGGCACGCCGGUGGCGACUCCACCAGCGACCCCUAUCCUGACCCUAGGCGGCAGGGCAACGGGUAGGGAGAUCCGAGAUCACCAUCACCAUAAUGCCAGCGCUACCAAUCAUGGACAUAGCGGUAGCAAUGCGUCCGUUCCGAGCGACGGUCGCACCUCGCCGUCGAUCAGCGUCUGUAGCGGGGACGAGCUGGCUGAGCGCGCUAAGCACGAAGCGCACGUGUUACAGCGGGUCGCGGCCUUGCGCAAGGUCGGGCUUUGGGCCCAGCAGAGGCUGCCAAAGGUGCAGGAGCCUCCGCGGGCGAAGGCUCACUGGGACUACCUACUUGAGGAGAUGAAAUGGAUGAGUAACGAUUUCGCUCAGGAACGCAAGCUGAAGAAAGCGAUCGCCCGCAAGUGCGCCCGAAUGUGUCAAAAGUAUCAUCAGGAGAAGGAACUGCGUGCUCAGCGGGCAGAGCGCGACGAGCAGCAGCGUAUUCGCAAGCUCGCCGCAACAAUCGCCAAAGAUGUGAAGACGUUCUGGUCAAACGCGGAGAAGUUGCUCGAGUUCCGUAUCCAUACGAAGGUCGCUGCCAAGCGGAAGGAGGCGCUCGAUCUUCAGCUGAAUCUUUUGGUUGAUCGGACGGAGAAAUUUUCAGAUCAGAUUCGAGACAAGUUGGCCGUCGAUACGCCAUCAGGAACAGCGGCCCCGUCAGUGGCCGACACGAUGUCCGAUGUCCAGGAACGAGACAACGACGACGACUUCGUUGAAGACUCGUCCGAAGAAGAUGAUGAAGAAACAAUUGCCAAGCAGGAGCGACGAGAGAAAGUCGAUCAUAAGCAGGAGCUAAACGAGCUGGAAGGUGAUAACGCGCUGUCAGUUGAGGAGCUAUUAGCGAAAUACUAUUCGCAACAUGAGGAUGCCAGGGAGACGGGAGACCGAAGCGGCACGCCAAGCGACGAAUCAAUGGAUGAGGACGUUGACGACGAUGACAAUGGAGGUGAUGAAGAUGAUGAAGACAAUGAAGAAGACGAUGAUGAUGAUGAGGAAAGUGCUGAGGAAAAUGGAAAGGACGAAGUGAUGGAGGAUGGUGCCAGCCAACGGAUGGAUGCUAGUGAAAAUGCUGAUGCUGAGACGCAAGAUAAGGAUAAGACAAUUAGUAUGUCAUCAGAUGCUACUGAAAUUAAAGAAAAGCCUCAGGUAGUCGAAAGUUGUAAAGAGCACACAGGAGGUACAGAUACCCCAGAAGAGGACGAGGAUAAACUGGGUGGGCUAACUGCCGUAGCGGAAAAGUUUCAGCCGAAAGGACUAGAUCUGGCAACGGCACAAGUAAAAACGCCGGUACCGUUCCUUUUGAAGCAUACACUUCGUGAGUAUCAGCAUGUUGGCCUUGACUGGUUGGUGGCGAUGUGCGAGCAAAGGUUGAACGGAAUCCUGGCCGACGAGAUGGGUCUAGGCAAAACGAUACAGACUAUCUCGCUACUGGCGCAUCUCGCAUGUGAACGCGGCGUAUGGGGGCCACAUCUGGUUGUUGUGCCGACGUCCGUCAUGCUCAACUGGGAGAUGGAGUUCAAAAAGUGGUGUCCAGGUUUUAAGAUCCUCACAUAUUACGGGUCGGUGAAGGAGCGCAAGGCUAAAAGAAUCGGUUGGACAAAAAAGAAUACCUUUCAUGUCUGCAUUACAUCAUAUAAACUGGUCGUUCAAGACCAUGCGGCGUUUCGGCGAAAACCGUGGUAUUACUUGAUUCUCGACGAAGCGCAAAAUAUCAAGAAUUUCAAGAGUCAACGAUGGCAGCUACUGGUCAACUUCCAAGCAGAGCGGCGUCUACUCUUAACGGGCACCCCUCUACAAAAUACCCUGAUGGAACUGUGGUCUCUGAUGCACUUUCUAAUGCCGCACCUGUUCGAAUCUCACAAGGAGUUCCGGGAAUGGUUCGCAAACCCGCUUACCGGCAUGGUGGAAGGCUCGAGCGAGUACAACGAAGCUCUCGUCAAGCGCCUGCACAGGGUGCUCCGACCGUUUCUGUUGCGUCGUCUGAAAAGCGAAGUCGAGCAACAAAUGCCGCAGAAAUACGAGCAUAUCCUAAUGUGCCGAUUGUCAAAGCGGCAGCGAUUCCUCUACGAUGAUUUUAUGUCACAGGGCAAAACCCGUGAGACUUUAGCGUCGGGCAAACUACUAAGUGUGUUAAACGUACUUAUGCAGUUGCGAAAGGUAUGCAAUCACCCUGCUCUCUUUGAGCCGCGACCUGUAUCAUCACCUUUCCGCAUGGAGGGGCUUGUCUAUCGUGUACCUUCACUGCUUCUGCAUAUGGAAAGCCCUUUAAAAACGCUGUUCGCAUCACUAAACUUGCACCUGGCAGAUCUUGAACUCGUGUUGACAGCAUUUGCGGCUCACCGGAUCAAAAAGUUCCAGACUACGCCACAAUACAUCGAAGGCGCCGAAAACCACCCGGCGACACCUCCACGAUGCCCCAGUGGCAAAAUUCGUUUGCACAUCCGAACGACCACAACGCCGGCAACCGCACAGGUCCCUCGGCCACCUGUGCUGGCGCAAGUGGGGACAACAGCUGGACGCGUUGUUAGUGGACAGCUACGUGCAGCUUCGACCUCGCAAACCGGCCGUAUUGUUAUGCUGGGACAACGACCUGAUGCUGCUCAAGGACAGACCACACAUGCGCAGCCAGUCACAUUCCAACUUGUACAAAAAGCCCAAGGAGGUCAAGCGGGCCAGCUGGGAACUCCGCAAUCUCCGAUGACGCUUCACGUCCAACAAACAGGAACCUCCCGUACGGCAACCGGUGCACUUCACCGCAUUGUGCAGACGACUUCCGGCCAACAUAUUCUAUUAACGACAGCACCCCAACCUGCAACAGGCGCAACUACAGCUGGAACAACAGCUGCGGCCGCAAUCCGGCCUGGGGGUUUGGUUCGAAUGCCCGUAGCCGGAGCAGGCCAGGUGCAAACAGCUCAGAACCCGGCUCUUCAGGCCGUACAGUCUCAACGACCUCAAAGUUUGCUAAGUCCGCACAAACCAGUUGUGACAACAGUCGGAAGCUCAGUCGGAGUGAUUCCGCAAACUAUAGCGUCACGACCACCUACGCCGGUAGCAGCUGGUACGCCGCCACGAAGCAUUAUAGCGACGACGAGCCAUGCCCUCGUCGCCGGCCAAAAGACCACAACCGGGGGUCAAAUGGCUCUUACGGGAGCUGCCAGCGCAGCGUCCGCCGUUGCUGCACAACGUAAAGUGGCGGCUGCGGUAGCGUCAUCAGCAGCAGCAGCCGGUGGCGCCGUCGGAGGUUCUGGUGUCGCAACCACUGGUGGAGAGAAAACGCCAUUUUUCAUCGAUAGUCUCGAAAAGAAGCGACGGACUAUCUACCAGGGAAAACUGAAAUUGUUAGGUCGGAUCAAUAACAUGCGAUGUGCUCCGGGUCCCGUGUAUGGCCAAGACCUUAUUGAAGCUGUAUCAGUGACGAACCUGGAGGACAGGGUGCCGCCAACACCGCCCAAACGAGUGGCUCCACUUCAGACUCCGUAUCCCGAGGAGGUUCCUGAACACGCCGUGCGUCGCGCCCCUUAUGGAACUGGUGUAGGUCACCUUUACACUCAGAAUAUCCACUCGCACACAUCGUGGUGGAGUGACACAAACGCUCUCCGAGAGCUGGUGCCUUCGCCCGACCUUCUUUGGGAGCAGUACGAAGCUCAGUGGAAUCAGUUUUUAUGUAUUCACCCGCGAGUUAGUGCACCUCCCAUCGAAAUGCACGCGUCCCAUCCGCCCCCUCAUCUCAUAAACGGCUGGCGUCAAGCCGAGGCUCGAAUGCGUCAAGAACUUCGACCCAAGCUCGAUCUAUUGGCGCGCAUCGGAGCUCGCCAACAGACACAAUUCCCUGACCGCCGUCUGAUUCAGUUCGACUGCGGUAAGCUCCAAACAUUAGACCAGCUGCUUGUGCAGCUGAAGUCGGGUGGACAUCGAGUCCUAAUCUUCACACAGAUGGCCCGUAUGCUUGAUGUACUGGAGGAGUUCCUCACGAUGCAUGGUCACACGUAUCUUCGGCUUGACGGCGCCACGGACAUCGAACAGCGGCAGGUGCUGGUUGAGCGAUUUAAUUCGGAUAAGCGUCUGUUCUGUUUCAUACUGUCGACACGAUCCGGUGGUGUGGGACUCAAUCUGACGGGCGCCGACACUGUUGUCUUCUAUGACUCCGACUGGAAUCCCACAAUGGACGCACAGGCGCAGGAUCGCUGUCAUCGCAUCGGUCAGACCCGUGAUGUCCACAUUUAUCGUUUGGUCAGCGAACGCACUGUCGAAGAGAACAUUCUACGGAAAGCUAACCAAAAACGAAUGCUUGGCGAGUUGGCGAUCGAGGGCGGCAACUUCACCACGAGCUUCUUCCGAUCAAAUACGAUAACCGAUCUGUUCGAGGACCAGACAAUCGAAUGCACCACUGUCAAAAAAGAGGUAUCAGAAGAGGAGGAAACGCCGAUGACAAGUGCUGAAUUGCGUCGCGAACAGGAGGACUUUGAGAGAACUCUAAAUCAAGUAGAGGAAGAGGCGGAUGCAAAGGCAGCUAAACGGGCACGCGCUGAAGCGUCCGCGGAUUUAGCCGAGUUCGAUGAGGAAAUUGCCUAUCAGGAGAAUCGUAAUCUUGGAACAGAGGAGACUGAAGAGGAACGAGUACUAAUGAGCCAGUUGAAUAAUGUUGAAAAGUACGCGCUCCGAUUCCUCGAGACCCAGCACGACUUCGAGGAUCUUAAACAAGCAGAGGAGCAAGUCGAAGCUCAGAAACGUGAGUGGAUGCUGAAUCGACUCCAGAGCCAGAAGGAGCGCGAAGAGGCUAUGAAGGAAACGCCGCCACUGAUCAGCUAUAAGCGGCCGCACAGUCCACAAGAGGCAUUUUUGGGCCUACGGGAUAGCACAGUAGCCUUACCUCUUUGGGCACCGCCUACACCGCCGGCUGGAGACGAUGAUGUUUAUGUAGAUAAUGCCCAACUCUACCUCUAUGAUAGUGAGCAAAUGCCGGAGAAUGCUUUGCCACCUGUUUACGUACGUAAAAACGCUUCGAAGCGGUUGCGCACUGACUCCACGGCUUCAGGAACGCCGCUCCUUCGGCGGGGCGGGCUUAGCAAGGCUGGCAGAGCGGAAAGCCACGGCGGGCCAAAAUCUCUCUUCGACCGUCCAUCCGAUGUCCUUGUUAAGCUUCGAAAGGAAGCGAAAAUGCUCAAACUCAAACGUCAGCCGCCAACAUCCGGUCCGCUUAUGGCCCAAAGGACACAGGCGACUCAGCCGCCUAUAACUGGACCUGCGGGAAGUCCAACUCCUCCAGGCGCUCCUGCAACUCCAGGUCAACCUACCACUCCAGCAACUUCGACUGGCACUCCUAGAAGACAAGCUGAAACAACUGCUCCUGAGGGCAACCAGGUCGAGUGGACUAUCAGUGAGGACUGGGCUAUUCUCCAGGUUAUUCAACAUCUGCAGGAGUUGCCUAGUUCCCUGACAAUUCUUUCGCCUGGCCAUCUACCGAACUGGGACCUAGUAGCUGAUCUGUUAAACUCCUCCGUAGCACGGGUUUACCGCUCACCUAAACAGUGUCGAAAUCGGUUCGAGAACGUGCUGGCGCCGCGCGAAGAAGGCCGGCCAAACGCACCGAUUACGGCAUACGACAAGAAGUCUGUCAAGAAGGCUUUAAAACAGAAGACCGGACGUCUUAUUAAAACCGGCUCUCUAUUUGCCGCCGAUUCCAAUGCGUCGUUCAAUAACAUGUACACAAGCCGAUUCGAUGUUAUCAAGACCGUAUCCGUUCACCAUGCACCUGCUCUCAGGCCAGUCUUUGCCAACACCGCCCAACCAAAUGGCAGAAACACCAAACAUGCGGCGGUCAUGGCUGAACAUGGGGUGAAUUACGACAAUCCGCAGCAUCCGCAAACGCUGGCCAAACUUCGCGAAGAAAGAGUUCGCAAAGAGAAGGGCACUAAAGCCACAACCGCCGUGACUCAGCAGCAACAGCAACAAGUGCAGCACCAAGUACAACAACCAGCACAAGCACAACAACACCAACAAGCACAACAACAACCGCAGCAACAACAACAACAGCCACAGCAGCAGCAAUCACAGCAGUCACAACAGUCGCAUGUCCAGCAACAGGCCGGUGCCACAGCAAUGGUUUCGGCACCAGCCGUUGCUACCGCCCAGUUCACGACGUCAGGAGUAGUCGCGCGGGCAAUGCCGAAUGCAGGCGCAACGAUUCCGCAAAGCCAAAACAGCGCGACGACUACAACGGGAACAUCGAUCGUUACGUCGGCUACAUCGGUUGCUCACACAACGGUGCCUUCAGUUAUGGCCGUAGUGGGUGGGGUCGGUGGGGUAACCUCUGCGCAUCAAGUGACUCCGGCCACUGAGGCGCAGAAAAUCGUUACCAACGCUCAGCCCCAACCGAUUGUAGCGGUAAGAUCCUCGACUCCUAUUCGCACCACGCAGUUGAUGGCAGCCACGCCCGUCGUUUCGGUGACCUCACUAUCCCAAGCACAGCUGCAGGCAGCUGCACAACGCAGUAUGGCUAACCGUAGCGUGACGCCAAGUCAACAGCUGCAGUUCCAGGCGAUUAAACAUUCGACGUUGAUUCGACAGCAGGGCACAGGAGCAACGGUUCGCACCAGUGGCGAGCCGGGCGGUCAGAUGAAACGGAUUCAGCAGGUGGUCACGUCCCAGGCGAUCAAAGUCACGUCUCAGGUUGCCCCAGGCCAGCUGGUUACGCACACAACACAGGCAGGCGUUGCGAAGGUUGGCCCGCUCGGACAAAUCGUCGGACAGGUGGGUCAAACGGUUAAGACGGCGACAGGGGCUCGAACGGUUGUCAACGAGAGCGAGCUUACCCAGUUGUUAAAGCGCAACCAGACUGGCCAGCAAAAGAUUCUUGCCACAGGAGCUACACUCGUCAAACCUAGCGGGGUGCCUUUACCCGUGUCAGCGGUCACGGUCACAGGAAUCACGUUACCGGUGGCAGCCGCUACGGCCGCGGCCCAAGCAGCUAAGGGGGGCCCGUCGUCAAGCGGUGGCCAACAACGUAUUGUGUUCCAGCAGGUCAAGAAACAGCAGCAACUUCAACAAGGAACCACAUCAGGUGCCAAAACAGUCUCGUCAGGCGGGUUGCAAACGACUACAGUGCAAAUCGUCCACCAACAGCCGGGUACGUCAGGUAUUGGUGGGACGCAAACGCAGAGUUCGCAAGCAAUCAAGCCGGUCGCUGUAUCACAGAUCAUCAAGCACGUGCUGCCCAGUGGACAGCAGAGUAACUACGUGUUAACGACAACUAGCUCGGCCGGUAGCAGUACAGCGAGCAGUAUGGGCGCAAUGGGCGUGACUGGUAUGGGCGGAUCCGCCCACGCGCAAUCGGCACAAACGCAGCUGUUCACCGCGCUACAGCAGGGGGUCAAGUCUGGCGGUGUGGCUACGGUGACCUUGACGGCGCCCUCAUCGACGGGCGCGCCCACUCGCAUUCUCACGGUGCAAGGUCAACCAAAGGCAGUGCUCGGCAAACAGCACGGCACGGAGACUGCCGUCGUUCAGAUACCGAUGUCAUCGGUCGGCAGCGUCAAUCCGAUGGCCGUUCAGGCUGCGAUUCAGGUUGCCCGAGCCCAGCAAGCAGCCGUGGCCGCCGCCCAGGGUAAGGCGCCCCAAGGUUUACCGUACACGAUGCGAAUCCGUCAUUCGACGCCCCAGCAACAUCAAGCAGCUCAGCAGGUAGCCGCUGCACAGGCUGCUGCGCAACAGGCCCAACAUCACGCGGUAACGGCUACUACGGCGCAGGCCGUUGCCCAGGUGACGCAGGCUGCUCAGGCUACAUCCGUUCAAGCGGCGUCGUCCGCAACCAGUGGCAGCGUGAGUACCAGUAGUGGCGCCGCGGCCGGCCUCGUCACUAGCGUACACCAGACGUCAGCGGCUGGCGCCGGGGGAGGCGCCAGUACGGGAAAUACGAGCGGUGCUCAAGUCGUCACUCAUCAGGUUGUCACCACACAACAAGUGCAAGCUCAAACACAGAAUGUUCAAGCCGUGAGUCAAGCUAUUGUUGUACAGCAUCAAGCCGCGCAUCAAACGAUAGUUACGACAACAGCUGCGGCUCAGCAGCAGCAGCAACAUCAACAACAUCAGCUGGUCUCAACAGCGACAACAGCAACCACGUCGACCAGCAACAAUAGCGCACAGCCUCCACAAGGCUAGAUCAAGGACGGAGAGGCGACAAAAGGAGUGCACGCUGUGUGUAUGAGGCACUACGUAGUUAGAAUGAUCGAAUGAAAUCGAAUGAAGUUCUAACGUUAAUCAUUGAAAUAUCGACGAGUGCGAAUGGUAUAUAUGAAGAUGAAUUUAAAUAGGGCAAUAGUCCCUAAUCGAACGCAAACGCAGAAUUUUCCAGGUAUCUCAACCAAUCAAUCAAUCGGUAUUGUCGUCACCGGGUUGUCCUGACAGACGGUCCUGAUGCAGCUAGGCCCAGCUCAGAGCGUUAUUGAUAGACAUAAUUAAUUCAGCAUAGAGUGGUUGUAGGCCGCUGUAGGACGCGUGUCUGAGGAUAAUUGAUGGCAGAGGAAAUCGUUGUGGAAAACGAAACGAGACUUGUGCCCGUCUCCGUUGCCACAAUCCUAUAUAUGUAUAAUGAUAACAAUACUGUGAAUUGCUACUACACUAGAUUUAGGUAUUGAGAUGAUAUUGAGCUCGAUUAAGAUUUGUGUACUUUUAAUUGUAAUCGAUUGUUUCCAUUCGAUUGUUAAUAUUGAUCGUGGAAGUCGGCUUGGCUGAUGAAGCCGAUUAGAAUUCUAAGAGAAAAAUAAUCAUUAUCGUAAUGAUAAUAAAAAUAGUGAUAAUAGCUGACGACGAUUCAUAUGGAGACAAUUUGAAUGUGUGCGAGAUUGAUAGAGAAACAGUUGGCUUAGGCUGGACGUGGCAGUAAGAUGUGCAUCAUACAACGUAGGUGUGUACGCACUAUGCCCUUGAAUUAAUGAAAUGCGUAUCAGUAGGGCGGCCACUAGAAACACGGCACUGAGAUGGGGCAAUCACCACAAAAACUUCAUGCCCCACAGAAAGACUGUGUUACACUGCAAUUAGGUAAUUAUAAUGAUGAUAAUAAUAAUAAUAACAACAACAAAGUUCGUUAUGCGAUGAGUUAACUUGGUGAAUUUAUAAACGAUGGAAGAAAUAACGUCACAGGGGCAGUACAGUAAAAUAUACAGAAGUAUACAAACAUACAUUUUGACUAGGAAGUAGCACGAAAAUGUAAUACAUACGCUUUAGAUAAUACGACAGUGAUUAUAAUAACAGUAACUAUAACGGUAAGACUGCGAUCUAAGGAGUCGAAGAAAAAAGCAAAGCCGUUAAUUGACAGGCGCCACUCAAGCAAAGGGUGCCUUUAUUGUAGCGAUCCCUAUUGUGAAAGAUCGAUUAGCGAAGAAAAUACAACGAGUGCGAAUUAGGGGAGUUAAAGAUACUAAAGUGCGCAUGUGCGCCGCCGUAACCCCAACUAAUAUCGUCCUUGAUAUCGUGUAUGAGACUUUCCCCUUGCUUCAUAACAGAUAAACAGAAACACAACAAACAACAACUUGAAUAUAUAUAUAUAUAUAUAUAUAUAUAUAUAUAUAUAUAUAUAUAUAUAUAUAGGGGAGAUGAAGCGGUGACGAAUUCAAUAGGCAUAACUAUAGAUACAUCUAGUAAACAUUUGAAUAAGGUAAGGACAAGAACUCUGUAAUAUUAGAAAUGAUGUACAAAUAAAUAUGUUGUAAAGAGACGCAGAUUGAGAGGGACUGUGACCCGACUGUGAGUAAAAUGGAAACUAGAAACCGACCGAAUGGACAGAGAAGACAUAGAAAAUAUAGCGAACGUGUUGCCGAACGAAUAUUGAAUUCCUAACAAAUGCGUUAAAAAUG